AUGGCUGUCCUCAAAGUCAAAUUCACCAAAACCAAGAGGGACAAAUUGGCUCAGAUCUUAUGGAUCCUCAACUGGGUUUCUGUAGUGAGUGGGAUCAUUCUCUUCAGUCUUGGCCUCUUUCUGAAAAUAGAGAUCAAGAAGCGCAAUGAAGUGAUGGCAAAAGGGGACAUUAACUCUGUCCCCAACAUGCUGAUCUCUGUAGGUGUCAUAGCAUGUAUCAUCAACUUUCUGGGUGGCAAAAUCUGCUAUGACUGCUCAGAUGCAAACAAGUUCUCUCGCUGGAAACUAGUAAUGCUGCCAUACAUCGUAUGUACCUUCUGUUUUACCUUCUGCAUCCUGGUGGGUGCUCUCAUGUGCUAUACCAUGAGGAACGAGCUGGAAGAGUCUCUCUAUCUGGGACUGAGGGAUGCCAUUAAGUUCUAUAAAGACACAGACAUACCUGGGCGAUGUUUCUUAAAGAAAACAGUGGAUUUGUUACAAAUUGGAUUCCGUUGCUGUGGAAACAAUGGCUUUAGAGACUGGUUUGAAAUUCAGUGGGUAUCUCCUCGGUAUCUGAAUAUGGCUUCCAAGGAGGUUCUGGAUCGUCUGAAGAGCAACGUUGAUGGGAAGUUCUUGGUGGAUGGAGUCCCCUUCAGCUGCUGCAAUCCCAGCUCACCACGGCCCUGCAUCCAGUACCAGCUGACAAACAACAGUGCUCACUACAACUACGAUUUCCUCACAGAGGAGCUCAAUAUCUGGAUGAAGGGGUGCAGACAGGCCCUGCUGGAUUACUACACUGGUAUCAUGAGAUCCAUUGGUAUUGCAGCAUUGCUUAUUUGGUUGUUCGAGCUCUCUGUACUCAUUGGUGUCCGGUACCUACAGACAGCCAUGAAGAAUGUCCUUCUGCUAGGAGAUCUGGAGGGUGAAUCAGAUGGUUGGUUACUAGAAAAUAGUUUUGUGGAAACCGCCAAAUACAACAUCAACAUCAUUAAGAAUCUCGGCAAAGCCAACCAGAUCUCCACUGUCUCAGGCAUGAAUGACCCCAACAUUAAUGUUCAAAACACAGACUGUGACAAAACUAAUAUUACAACAAAAUCUAUCCCUGCAGCUAGGUAG